AUUAAAACAGGUUGUGGAUCGGAGUGGGUGAAGUAUAUGAAUGGUUGCUACUUGCAUGACCUGACGAAAGUCACAUGGACUGAUGCAAAAUUGUUUUGUGAGUCCAGGAAUGCUCAUCUUGUAGAAAUAGAGAGUAAAGACAAAUCAGACUGGCUUGCUGGGACCUUUCUAUUGAAAGAUACUUGCCCAUCAAAUAUCUAUGAUAUAUGUGUAGCUUGGACGGGUGGGAAUGACCUUGUCAUUGAAGGUCAUUACCAGUGGAACAAUGCGCCCGGGGCCAUGAAUUUCACCAACUGGUAUCCAGAUGAGCCAAGUAUAGGUUAUCCCGGAAAAGCAGCCGCAAGGGAUUGUAUUGACCUACUCAAAAACGGCCAAUGGAAUGAUAGAAAGUGUUCUUUCCUAAACCCAUUCAUCUGUGAAAUGACCUAGAAGAAAAGUUAUUUAAAAG